UUAUUAAUUUAUUAUCAUACAGUAUUGUAAACAUUUUUUGUGUGCAUUGAACAGAUUCUAAAAUGUCCACGGGACAGAGGGAGAAUUUAGCCGCAAUCAUCAGUCAACUUCAACAAAGAAUGCAGAUUGCUAAAGGAAAUACAGUUGAAUCAUCUCAACCUUCUCCUACUCCAAUCCCUGAACCUACUCAUGUGGCUGAAAAGGAUGAUACUACUGAUCCUACUGAUCCUAACAACAAGAUUGCUCAGAUCAAACUUCAGCUCAGGAAUUGGAGUUCUAAGCCAGCAGAGGAGAGAGAGCUUAAAGAUUUUCUGCAGAACGAAGGGAAAAGCCCAAAUAGCAAGGAAGCUUCUCGAGAUUUAACCUUAGUCCGAGAGAAACAAGAGAAAGCUAUCCUUGAUAUUAAAACUAAACUUGAGAAGAAGAAAGCUAUUGAAAGUGUUGUAGGUAGACAAGAUUCAACAGAGCAAAUUACUUUAAGGAAGAAUAUUUAUGAAAGAUUUGCAUCUGUUCCCCAACCCACUACUAUUCAAACUCAAGCUAAACAAACCAAGGAGCAGGAUGGAACCCAGAUGUUACCUUCUUCUACUGGGAGUAAUGGCAUGGUCACUAUACAAACCAAGAGUGAGGGUUUACCUCAAAUCCGUCUAUCUAGCCUUGACGAGAAGAGAGAUGAAUAUUUGAAGCAGUUUGAUAUCCAGAGGCGACCAGUUAGCGAGAGUUCUCCGAUUCGAGAAAAUCUUGAGCAAAUAAUGACCCAAUACUCAAACUCAAACAUAGUCUUGAAGAAGGGCGAGUCUUUGCCUAAACCUAGAGAUUUUAACAGCGAGGAGAAGGAUGUUGUUUUCGCCAAACCAAAGGAACUGUUCAAAGAAAACGGUGAAACAGGAGUUGCAACAGGAGCAGUAGUAGCAAAAGAAAAAAUAGUGGCCACAAGAACAGGAGGAGCAAAAGAAACAGGAGGCACAUUGAGAACAGGAAGAAUUACAGAACCAGGAAAAGUGGAAAAAAUCAAAGUUGAAACUCCCGCCGAUGAAACUAAAGGGACAAGAACAGUACCCCCUGCUUCCAUCAAAGCUACAGUUGAAUACACGGAUAUACACAAACCAAAAAAUGGGUCAGGUUCAAGCCUAUUCCAAAUCAUUGAAUGGAAGGAUAGUACUACACAAUAUUCAGAGCUAAGAAAAGUGCUGGAAGAGUCCUGAUUUAAUUAACGACACUAGGCUGAAUCAUUUAAUUUGUGUUAAAUUAUACUGUUUUGACCUACUCAAUAAUGUCGACUCUUGUAUAUGAUAUAUAAUUUACUUUGUUAAAGAUUUUUUUCCGAUGUUUAUGAUAAUGUAUGAUAAUUGUGUAUUUCAAAUGUAAAUUGUAGACUAGUUCGUAAAUGUAACCUUGCUCAGUAGAUUAAUGUUAUACGCACUAAUUCUUUGUUCGAAACAGUUUGCAUGCGAUUUUGUUUAUACAUAAGCACAAUAUGUUACCCAAAAAAUUCAAGAUAAAAGUAGUUUUAACAGAUUUUUUUUUAGGAAUUAUUACACAGCACCUAAAAUAAAGGACCCCCAAGAUGAUUCCGCAGGAUUUUCUGCCAUUUUGGAA